AUGGCAUCGAUUUCAGCAAGCCCCCCAGAAGAUGGAUCUGUGAAGAAAGAGGACUUGGAGUUCAUCCACCUUGAGGAACAAGAGCUGGCACAUCGCAGUCCUGGCAAUGGAUCCUCUGUCUAUAGUAUUGACGAGGCACAUCAGAAGAGGGUCAUUCGACGCGUUGAUCUCCGCCUCCUCCCAAUUCUUGGUAUCAUGUAUUCCAUAUCCCUUAUUGAUAGGACCAACCUUGGUCUUGCAUUUGUAGCAGGGAUGGAGCAGGAUCUUGGACUUGACAUCGGCAAUAGGUAUACGGUCGUUGUCAUGGUAUUUUUUGUGGCAUACAUAUUUGAAGUUGGCAAGAGAUUGGCCACUUUCUGGCUAGUUUCUGUUGUAUUGAACGCCUUCGCUGCAAUCUUUGCCUAUGCCCUGACUCUUCUCGACGGGAGCUACGGUCUGAACGGAUGGCGCUGGAUUUUCAUUGUUGAAGGUGCCAUUACCAGUGGCAUUUGUUUACUUGGCUGGUUCAUUAUCAUCGAUUUUCCGACUCAAGCAGAUACAUUUCUCAAGCCGGAGGAAAAAGAGUUUAUUAUCGCUCGCAUUAACAACGACAGUGGAGAUGCUGAAGAGGAUCCAAUUACCAUGGAACGGAUUCUUCAUCAUCUUAAGGACUGGAAGUUGUGUGUCUGGGCAUUCAAUCUCAUGGCCUCCACCCUGCCUGGAUACGCGUACAGCUAUUUCAAGACAGUCAUUCUCAUGGGCAUGGGUUUUAGCAACACGCAGAGUCAGCUUCUCAGUGCCCCGCCGUAUAUUAUUGCUGCAUUCUUUACAUAUUUGGGUGGCUGGCUCACCGAUAAAUACCAAAUCCGCGGGCCGGUAAUUGCCGUUCAUCAACUACUGACAGCAGUGGGUGUGGGUUUCCUACAGUUUUGUAUCCCCGGUGUGCUGGCAUUCCAAGCGAACAACAUUACUUCUCACUCGAAGCGUGGAGUCGCGUCAGCAACCUGUCUCAUUGGUGGGGGUCUUGGGGGCAUCAUUGCAAGUGUCACAUUCAAGUCCGACGAAAGCCCGCAUUAUACUACAGGCAUUUGGGUAACAUUUGGUAUUACAAUGGUUAGCAUAUGCUUAACCCUAAUAAUGGACUUCCACUUUUGGAAAACAAACAAAAAGGCCCGGGAGACAAAUGGUCAGAUUGAGGGUAUGUCAGGAUGGUACUAUACUCUUUGA